CCAAGAGUACACAGCAGAGGAAUGAAGCGUCUACUGCUGCUGACUGUGGGGCUGGGCCUGGCCUGGACCCUGCAGGACCAAAGCCAGGUUCCCGUGCAGCAGGACUUCAGCCCUGAGCAGGUGACAGGACACUGGAACACCCUCAAUCUGGCCUCCACUGACCCAUCCGUCAUUGAGGAAGGAGGUGCUUACCAGUGCUUCAUGACUGGCAUUGCCCUUCUGGACAACGGCAACCUGAAUGUCACCUACUUCCACAGACAAGAUGGAAAGUGUGUGAAGGAAUUCUACGUGGCAGAAAAGACUGGCAUCCCUGGACGUUACACCUUUGAGUACCAAGGCAAAAACUAUCUGACUUUUGUGGCUGUCACAGAGGAUUUCACCAUCAUGGACUUGGAAAACCAGAGUGAAGGAAAUACCCUCAUUGUGAUUGAGCUCCAUGGCAGAACUCUGCAGGCCCGUAAGCUUGGGUUGGAGCCCUAUAAGAUGCACACUUCUAGAAGAGGCAUUGUACCAGGCAACAUUGUGGAUGUGUCCUUGAAUCGCCACAGUGUUAAGAGGAUGGUGGGAUGA